AUGAAGCCGUCGUCGCGGCGCCACUUCGUGUCCGGCGUCGCCGCGAGCGCCGCCGCGCUGCCGCGUCUCGCCUCCGCCGCCGACGGCUUCACGAAGACCGAGAGCGGCUUGCAGUUCAAGGACCUCAAGGAGGGCGACGGCGCCGUGCCCGCGCCGGGCCAGACGGUCAAGGUCCACUACACGGGCUGGCUCAACGACUUCGACGACCUCGACGGCAAGUUCGACUCGUCCUACGAUCGCGGCAAGCCGCUGACGUUCGCGGUCGGGACCGGUCGCGUCAUCAAGGGCUGGGACGAGGCGCUGCUGACCAUGAAGGUCGGCGGCACGCGGCGCGUCGUCAUCCCAUCCGAGAUCGGCUACGGCGCCAAGGGCGCCGGCGGCAUCAUCCCCGGCGGCGCGACGCUCUACUUCGAGAUGAACCUCCUCGGCCUCCAAUGA